AUGAGUGAAGAGGGACCCCUCACGAAUUAUGUUGCCUACCAAGAUGCCGAGACCCAGCAGAGGCGGAUCGGACAUCUGGACUUCUCCAAUGAGGUCAUCAUCCCACUGAGCUUUGUUUCCGGCACACCAAUCGUUGAUUUAUAUCAAGUCAUCGAGGCUGGGGAAGCAAACAUCUGCAGCGCAGAUGAUCACAUUCCAGUGUCAUCGGUCAAAAUACUACCCCCAUUGGUAGACCGCGAUGUCUUGUGCGUGGGUAAGAAUUACGCUGAGCAUGCCAAAGAGUUCAAUAGCUCUGGCUUUGACAGCUCCGACAAAGUCGACACGCCAUCGCACCCUGUCAUUUUCACCAAGCGUUGGACGUCGAUCAUUGCAGAUGGCGAAGAUAUCUUUCCCCAUCCUGAAUUCACCCAAACACUCGACUACGAGGGCGAAAUUGGUGUGAUCAUUGGCAAGCAUGCCUAUCGCGUUGCAGAAGAUGACGCCAUGGACCAUGUGUGGGGGUACACAAUCAUCAAUGACGUUACAGCGCGUGAAAGACAACGAGACCACAAACAGUUUUACAUUGGCAAGUCGGCCGAUACUUUCUGUCCCAUGGUUCGUAAUGCGUCCCAAAGAAAAAGGCCACAAUGGACUAACGACUGGAAGGGUCCCAUUGCUGUACCUGCAGCAAGACUUGGUAAGGUGUUGCACGUUCAGACGCAUGUCAAUGGAGAAUUGCGGCAGAGUGCAACUACUGAAGACUUGAUCUUCUCUGUUCCCUGUUUGAUCAAGACCAUGUCCGCGGGGCAGACAUUGAUACCAGGGGAUGUCCUUGCGACCGGUACCCCUGCAGGUGUGGGCAUAGGACAAAAGCCGCCGAUGUAUCUCAAGUCCGGUGACACCGUGGCCGUAUCUGUGAGCGGACUCGGCACCCUGACCAAUCGCAUCGCAGACCCAUCAUCAGCAAACCCCAUGGUCAAUCGGCUCCAAGACGUACUAUUAUCUCACUCAAGAUCUAGCAAUACGGCCAAGGUCGCUGUUAGCACAGUGCUGACACAAAAAAAUAUCAAGUCCCUCUAUUUCAAGACUGUCGGUGAGACCUCAGGGCCACCAAUCGUUUUCAUCCAUGAUCUUGGUGCAAGCUCAGAGUACUUCCAACCUUUGAUCCCAGCAGCGAUCCUGGCCGCCUCGUACUCGCUGCAUCUGCUAGACCUGGAGGGACAUGGGCGCUCGUCUACAUCGCCGCUCAGUAAAUUGAGCAUCAGUUCUUUUACCGCGGACGUUGCUGGUAUUUGUAAGCACGGCGGGAUCGGUCCAGGAGCGACCAUCAUCGCACAUGGCAUGGGUUGCCUGGUGGCAUUGCAUUUCACCCUCACACAUCCAUCACAGAUCGCUCAGCUUAUCCUAAUGGGUCCACCCCCACUAUCACUCGCAAAGCCUUACCGCAGCGCCCUACAAGAUCUAGCCCGCACAGCCCGUACAAAAGGCAUGUCUGCUGUGGCCGACGUCUACAACACGACGUCUCUGCCGCCCAGCAAAGCAGCAACCCAGAAAACCCUCCUAGUCACAGCAGCCAUUCGCAUGUCCCUGCUUGGUCAAGAUGCCGAGGGCUUUGCAAAGGCAUGCUCAGCCUUUGCAGACGCAGAGGACAUUGAUCUAGGCGCGGUGCAGGCGGAUACGCUUAUCAUUACAAGUACCAAGGAUGCAGCUUCGCCCCCGGAAGCAUGUUCGCGGUAUGUGGAGGCGAUGCGUGGCAAGGCGACGUUGAAGGUGAUCGAGGGGUCCAGCCAUUGGCACGUUUUUGAAAAUCUGCAGCAAGUUGCGCACUUGGUCUUGGAACAUCUGCGUUCGAGACCGACGGUCAUGUGA